AUGGAAUCAAACGAUUGGCCAAUCGGCCCACCUGGAUACGGAUUUCCACCAGAACUAGCCAGUCUCGAUUCCGUGCUUGUAAAGGCAACCGGUGAUGGAAGAUCUUGUGCCGCUGGCUUCGUAUCAUCACUGAAAUGCAGUGAAACUGGAGAAUGUCCACCAGGACUGUUUUGCGAUCCAUCUUUGUCGCUUUGUUGUCCCUUACUUCUCCCAUUUACCGACAAGAGUAACAAUGCUGAUCAUUACUCUCACCCAAAGCGUCUAUCGCCAAAAAGCUACGGCUCAUAUCCAAGUACUAACGCGCUUUUACCAUUUUUUGCAGAACGGUUAAAUUAA